CCGUGCCUCUGGAAGCCAUGAGAGCCCGAGCGUAGAACCCGUAUUUGGCGUCGUUAGAUUCUGAUUCUGAUCAGCCUUCCCCAUCCUAAAAGAAGUCAUGGGCCACUUCCAGGAUCUGCUCUUCCUCUUCCUCCUAGGAUCCUCUUUCUUGACCAUGGCAGAGGAUCUGCAAUGUCAAAAGAGUGUGGUCGUUGCUAUAGAAGAGGAUCCAAUGAAUUCAUUUAACUGGACCGCAGAAGAAGUUGAGACUUGUGUGCAGGGAGCUCUUUGCCAAGAAAGUCUAGUGAUGAUCACACCAGCAGGCGACAAGACAGUCAUUGUGGCCACAAAGGGCUGCAUCUCUGAAGAGACAGAGGCGGCGACAUUUAUCCAACACUCUGCACCCCCUGGCCUUGUGGCAGUCUCCUACAGUAACUUCUGUGAGGAGUCCUUCUGCAACGAGAGAGAGGACAUAAUUUCGUUUUGGAAGCAAGAAGAGAUUGCAGUCCCCAGUGUGCCGCAACUCCAAUGCCCAACCUGCGUGGCUCUGGGAACCUGUUCCAGUGCUCCUUCACUGCCCUGUCCCAAGGGUACAACUCGAUGUUAUCAAGGAAAACUUCAUUUCUCUGGAGAAGCCCUCAACUCCUCUGUGGAGGUGAAAGGCUGUAUAGCCACAGCUGGUUGCAGGUUGAUGGCCAGGUUCUCAGCGAUAGGAGCCAUAUCGAUGGAGGAAAAGUGCCUACAUCAGCCUCAUGUUCAAGCCCGAAAGGCUGCAAGUGGAGCCACCUGGUUUCCCAUUUCAGUUUGGUGGUUAGGGCUGCUGCAGUCACUUGUCCUUUUUUCUGAAAAGGUGCUUCUGCCCCUGGGUCCCAGGCCACCUUAUUGACUGGGAGCUUUCUGACCACUGGUAGCCAACAAAUUGAAAAGAAUAUGGAGAUUUGAAGGUAAAUAGAAAGCUUUCAUGGAUAUA